CUCCCCAGCUGUCCUGGGCGGGGGAAGAUGGCCAAGUUUCUCAACCCGGACGAGAUGACGUCUCGGGACUACUACUUCGACUCGUAUGCCCACUUUGGCAUCCAUGAGGAGAUGUUGAAGGACGAAGUGAGGACGCUCACCUACAGGAACUCCAUGUACCACAACAAGCACGUUUUCAAGGACAAAAUCGUGUUGGAUGUGGGGAGUGGGACUGGGAUCCUGUCCAUGUUCGCUGCCAAGGCAGGGGCAAAGCACGUGUAUGGGAUUGAAUGCUCCAGUAUAUCCGAGUACUCAGAGAGGAUCAUCAAGUCUAACCACCUGGACAGUGUCAUCACCAUCUUCAAAGGCAAAGUGGAGGAGGUGGAGCUUCCUGUUGAGAAGGUGGAUAUCAUCAUCUCAGAGUGGAUGGGCUACUGCCUCUUCUACGAAUCCAUGCUCAACACCGUCAUCUUCGCCAGGGACAAGUGGCUGAAACCGGGUGGAUUAAUGUUUCCUGACCGUGCCACUCUGUAUGUGGUGGCCAUCGAGGACAGGCAGUAUAAAGACUUCAAAAUACAUUGGUGGGAGAACGUGUACGGGUUCGACAUGACCUGCAUCCGUAACGUGGCCAUGAAGGAGCCGCUGGUGGACAUAGUGGACCCCAAACAGGUGGUGACCAACUCCUGUCUGGUCAAGGAGGUGGACAUCUACACCGUGAAGACGGAGGACCUGUCAUUCACCUCAGCCUUCUGCCUGCAGAUCCAGAGGAACGACUACAUCCACGCGCUGGUCACCUACUUCAACAUCGAGUUCACAAAGUGUCACAAGAAGACUGGUUUCUCUACCGCUCCUGAUGCUCCAUACACCCACUGGAAGCAGACGGUGUUUUAUCUGGAAGACUACUUGACAGUUCGAAGAGGAGAGGAGAUCGUCGGCAGCAUUGCCAUGAAGCCCAAUGAGAAAAACAUUCGCGACUUGGACUUUACGUUCGAGCUGGAUUUCAAAGGACAACUGUGUGAAGCCGCCAUAUCCCAUGACUACAAGAUGCGCUAAGUUGUGGCUGGGGCUGAAGGUGCCACACGCAGGGCGAACCCCCGAGCACUUAGAGGGAGGCAGAGGCACUCCUCUUGACCACAGACAAAAUGGUGUGAUGACAGAGGGGCAAAUCUGAGGGAACAGACCAGGCCAGAGACAGAUAGAGGGUUGGGACAGAAGACAGGCAGAGGUGGCCCCUCUGACGACAUCAACAUUGUCACCACAGUACAUCUCUGAGGCAAGUUGUUGGGGCUGACUGUUAAACACUUCUGAAUGUAACACUGACAACGUGAAAUCAAGAAUGUUUUGUAGUCUUAAUGAAUGUCGUUGAUUAUUGAUAUAUAUGUGAGAUGGAGUGAUGUGCCAGUUUAAGUUUUCCCCAUUCAUUGGACUUUAGAUAUACGGACAUUUGGCAUUUCGUAAGUUAUACAAUAGAGACCACCAAAUGAAGUGAUUUUGUUUCCGCUGUUUUCGUUGCCAUCUGGGUAGUUAUUAAAUUUGUCACUGUUCAUGUCAUAUUUUGUGUUGUAGGGAAUGAUUAUCAGUGAAGCGAUUUAAUUUGUAGUUGCGUCAGUUCAUUUCCACAAUGGUGGAAAGCCGCAGUAACUGAACAACAAAUCAGCCAAGGAAAAAUCUGUGUAGGUACUGUAUCUGUGUAAUGUGAAAGGUAAUGUGUGUUUGCAAUUUGUCAGUGUACUAGUAGCUUUCUGUGAGUGUGCAGUAGACGGUGUGGAAGCACAGCUUGGACUCCAACGUGUGCCCUGUGCUCUCAGUUUGAGCUGUGAUGUUGACAUGCCAAUUACAUAUCUUUCCCAUUUUAAAUGCCUUGACUCGGUGCCCAAGUGUACCUGAUACUUUUCCGCACUGCUGUAUUUUGCUCAUGUUUCCUAUUGUUCCUUAUACAGAAACUAGCCACCCUUCUUUGUCCUUUUACUAGUUUGAGGUUAGCUAUUAACUUAAUUAAACAGUAGCUAAAAGUCUGAAACUUUUGAAGUCUGUGUCUAGUCUAGUCUAAUCCAUGUCCAGUAACUCUAGCCCUUAAUGCCGCCCAAAUUCCUUGGUAAGCAGGUCUGACGUCUGUGCUCUUUGAACAGCUUUGCUUGUGAGCUUUGGUUAGCCAGUCGCCGGCUCCAUUCACGAUCUAAAAGAGCACUCCAAAGAAGAGUCAAUACAAUCAAGACGACGACCUGCGAAAUCCCCAGUCCCAAUGCCUUGGCUUUAGCCCACAGGAGAUUUUAGCAUGGCUAUGCAGGAUCCUUGGUGAGAUCUGGAGUGUGUGGAAAUCACUGCACACACUCGGUCCAUGGGGACUUAAUGUAGUGUGUUGAAGCUGAUGAAAACAAUGACAAUACUAUCGUUCCACUUCACCUGUGCUCUUACUGAGGUCAUUGCCAAGGGUAUCCCUCCUCCACUGAAGAUGUGAGGAUAUCUGAGAUCUGGGCAAAGACGAUCUAAAAAAAUAAAAGUUUCAAAGACUUUGUGAAGCCUCACAGUGUUCAACUUUCCGAGCAUUUGAAAAGCCUCAAACGUGAAAAUGCACCAUCAAAGGAAAAAUACAUCAAGUGCAUUUAAAGUUUUUCAAAUACUUGAAGCCAUUUAGAAAUACGUCACCUUGCUCAGAUCAUAACCGCCCUCAUCCGCCAUCCCCGACACACUCACACACACUUGCCUCCUCUCCCAUGUCUCCUACACUGCACUGACUCCCUGAUUCAUCUUCUCAGGCCUGAAACCAAAAUGUGCAGGAUGGGGGACUUGGAAGCGAUGGUGGAUUAGAGCAACAUUUUUCAUAAUUUAUAAGGCAUGCAAACAAAUGCUUACAACAAUCGACAAAGUGUGCAGUGUCAAACUAAGUGUGAGCAUAUUGUUUGUCUCUGCCCACUUCUUCUUUGAUCAUGUGUGUUUUACAGAGUGUCAGUUGGUACAAAUAGGCAAUACAAUGCAAAGACUUAUUGCUUAUGAUUAAAAUCAAUCACUAAUAAUAAAACAUGUUAUUUAAUUAGCAGGAAUAAAUGCUUGUGUUGAAAGAAACUUUAUAGUAUCCUUGGCGUCUGGCCAUAGCAUUUCUCAAAGUAUUGCUGAUUAAACAUUUGGCUGCUCUGACCAAACACAAAUCUAGACUGCCAUAUAGAUUGUUAAGAAUGAAAACUGGCAUGUUAAUUCCACAAUGUAUUAUUAUUAUUGUUUAACAUAUCAAAUAUGUUGAUUCACAUGUCAUGUCAACAUAAAAGCUGAAUAAAUGACAAUGCCCAAACUUGA